CAUCCCACCUCAGACACCCGCAUCAUCCUUUUUUCUGCCACCAACGACUCCGCAACCGCACGCCUCUUCUCCCCUUCCAAGCAUCACAUCACAGACUAUCAGUCACCAUGGCCACCGAGCGUGAAAGCAAGACCUUCCUGGCCCGCCUCUGCGAGCAGGCCGAGCGCUACGAUGAGAUGGUUACCUACAUGAAGGAGGUCGCUCAGCUGGGCGGUGAGCUCAGCGUCGACGAGCGCAACCUCCUCAGCGUCGCCUACAAGAACGUUGUCGGCACCCGCCGUGCCUCGUGGCGCAUCAUCUCCUCCAUCGAGCAGAAGGAGGAAUCCAAGGGCUCUGACAAGCACGUCUCCACCAUCAAGGAGUACCGCAGCAAGAUCGAGCUCGAGCUCGAGAAGGUUUGCGAGGAUGUUCUCGAUGUCCUGGACAAGAGCCUCAUCCCCAACGCCGCCACCGGCGAGUCCAAGGUCUUCUACCACAAGAUGAAGGGUGACUACCACCGCUACCUUGCCGAGUUCGCCUCUGGCGAGAAGCGCAAGGUCGCUGCCACCGCCGCUCACGAGGCCUACAAGAACGCUACCGACGUUGCCCAGACCGAGCUGACUCCCACUCACCCCAUCCGCCUGGGUCUCGCCCUGAACUUCUCCGUGUUCUACUACGAGAUUCUCAACUCUCCCGACCGUGCUUGCCACCUUGCCAAGCAGGCUUUCGAUGAUGCCAUCGCCGAGCUCGACUCUCUCUCUGAGGAGUCUUACCGCGACAGCACUCUCAUCAUGCAGCUCCUGCGUGACAACCUGACCCUGUGGACUUCAUCCGACAGCGGUGAGGCCGAGCAGGCCGGUGAGGCCAAGAAGGACGAAGGUGAAGCUUCCAAGCCUGCCGAGGAAGAACCCAAGGCUGAGGAGCCUGCUCCCGAGGCUACUUCCUAAAUCCUUCUUACCUCAACCGCGCUUAAAUCUCGGCAUAAGAACCGAGGGAGUUGUUUCUCGUUUUUUUUU